CAGUAUCAGAUUUGCAGCAGAUUCUCCAACAACCAGUGCAAUCCGAUACUACUUCGAAUCACUGCUGCUAAUUCCUGCUGAAUCUGGGUGUGUGUGGUGUGAAAUUGGACAUUUUUCAUUGCCUCUGGACUUGUUUCUCGGGACUUGUUUUGUGUCCCCAGCUGGCAGAGGCAAAGGACCAAGUUUAGAUGUCCUAAAAAAAAGGGAAAUCAUCUAGGAAAGAGUUAGUUCGCAAAAAAAUCCUGUCGAAUCCGAGAGUACCCUGGAACAUUCACAAUGGCCCGGAAACGUUUGAUCCUGCUGUUGUUAAUUUGUGGCACAUUGCUGUUGCCUUUGGUGAGUCCGGUUGCCGGAGAUUUGAUGCAGGAUCUGAGCAACGGGGUUCGAAUGGCGGGCAAGUUUUUCGGCAUCGAUACCAUCUCGGAUGUGGCGAAUCUGGUGGCCAAAGGGUUUGCAAAUAGAAAUCCGGCUGCCCCAGGAGCUCCGGGAGCAGGACCGGGACCGGAACAACCGGAAGCUGAUACUGGAAGCGGUCCCAAUGCUAGUAGCAGCCAACAACAGCAGCAACAGGCAGCCUCGAUGAUGAUGCUGGUGUCCCGGCUGAUUGGCCUGGACGGUGGCAAAUUGGGGGCCCUGGUGAUGAAUGCUUUGAUCUUUGUGGCUCAUGUGAUCGCAACAAAUUUCGGAACCUUCAAGAAAGCCCAGCUGGACCAACCGGCAGCAAGUUCGAAACCGGACGAACCAAGCAGCAUCCUGCACUCGGAGUCCCCACUGGAUUGGCUGCUCAACAAUCCUCCGAAGCAGUUCCGUUCGCUGCUGAACUCGGUCAAAGAUGGUAACCUGACUGACUAUCUAGAGCAGGACCUGGCCGAGCUGCGGGAAGCCCCGGAUGACCAGUCCGGUUGCAUAAAACUUUUGAUGUGUAAAAUAAAACCGUUCAUCCAGAAAAUGCAACAGGUGGUCCUGGACAGAGUGAAUGCAAAUCGGGACGAGGAACAGGCGGAACAGCUGGAACCGGAAGAGCCCCCGAGUGUAGCAGAGAUUAUUUACAAAAGUGUGCCCUCGUUGCAGGAUUUUAAGACCAAUAGUGCCCGGUGCGAGAAGCAGUUUCGGCAUUGUGUGCGAAUGUAUAGCUAGUGCUUUUAAUUUUUUUCUGAAAUAAAUUU